GAGGUAGUCAGCGCAGCCCUUGACCUAUGCAGAGGAGAUGUCCGCACGCAGCACAUGUUGAUGCCAGCUCUGUGCUCACUCCGGCUCACAGUGGCAAGCAGCUGCAUGCAUUACUUGGAGUUGCAGAGGGCAUCUGCGGUGCUGUCAGAGCUGGAGUUGUCUUUGCAAAGUGCUGGAGAGUUUGGCGGCCUGGACAUGCUGAGCCAAAGGAUCGCCUCGAGAGCUACGCUGCUGCGCAGCCGAGCAGCCUGGCUUUCAGGCGGUGCCGCCUCUGCUGAGGCAGCUGACUGCAGAAGGACAGCGAAGGAUAGGUUCUACGAUUCUCCUCCACCUUGCACUGGAUUGUUAGCCAUGGCAGCAAUGGGGCAUGAACUGAUGCGACGCCAGGAAAGCCUCAUCGAGCCGGUUCCGAACCCUUUUUCCAAUCCGGCACCUUUCACUCUUUAUGAGAUUCUGAAAGCCUGCUUGGUAGGUGUCCUGCUCCUCCCUGCGCGGAUCGGGACGAUCAUUGCUGUCGGUGUGACAGAAGUGCUUCUGGUUCGGCUUGCUACGCUUGGUACAGAGUUGAAGGAAGAGCGUGGCUGCUGGCAGCACACCGCACAAUUCGAAUGGUGGCGGCUUCGGCUACUUGCCCCUCUGAAAUGUUUGAAUCGUUUGGCACUGGUCGCCUUUGGCUUCUGGCCGGGUUGCAUCAAGGUCAAGGAUUUGCGCAAGGUCCCGUCCAGCCCCACCAAGAUUCUGGCGGUAGCGAUUGGCGGCCUUCAACUUUUCGUCCUGCCUGGUAUCCGGCUCAGCCGCCAUGGCCAGGAGUACAAAGCCGUUGCUCCUAUCAGCUCCACAGAAACGACCUUGGCACUACGGCCGGACGAGGCACCGCCGCCGAUAAUUGUCUCAGCGGAUGCAGCCCCCAGGGCCAGUUCUGUUCCAGCGGAUGCUCUCGGCAUGCAGGUACUCCCACCUACCAGCGCCGUGGAUGGUGUGCAGCAGGCUUACAAUCAGCCCAACCGGAACAACCAAAGCCUCACCUUUCGGCACCGCGACGUCGUUACUUCACCUGCCGCCACCGACUCUCCAGGACUGCUGUGCAAAGAGGAUUACCAAAAGAAAGAGUUCAAGACGUUUCUUGACAAUCAGACGGAGAUUCGGCCUCUAGAUGACCAUGCCAUCCGUGCCGCCAACCGGAUGGAGAAGUUUAGGAAGACGAAAAAACUUAUCCACCUAGGAUCUGGCCAUAACAUCAGACAAGACAGUAUGGCAGCAUGGGCAACGAGGAAGGUUCUGCAGGCGAUGGAAACGAUUGUCCCUAGCAGCCGCAGCAACGCCCCCCAGCAGCUGGACUUCGACUUCGACACACGCACACUGGGCGACAUGAUGAACACAGGGUUUUGGAAGAAGAUCGGAGACCUGGGGAUUGAGCUUGGCCACCAUGAGAUUUCAGGCAGUGCUGCUUUGGCAGACCAGCUGCUUGCUUUGCCGCCACCGCCGCCGCCGGCAGAGGGGCUGCUUGCUUUGCCGCCACUUCCGCCGCCGCCACCUCCGACCAGUCCGCCCAGAUUCAGGAGUGACAGCCGGAGCCCGGGGCGGCGCCAGCACAGUAGAUCGAGGACCCCGCGAAAUAGUCGUCAAACUCCACGUGACGAGCGGCGCAGAGCAAGGAGUCCACCAAAGGCUCGGAUGAGCCAGCUGCGAAGAAACAUGCUGGAGCAUAUCAGCAAGGAAGCGGAACGUUUCCAAGUUCCGCGCCGCAAUUUCAAAUAUGAGAAACUUGAUGUGCGUGAUAUAGAGACAAGCGGUGAGACCAUCGACAAGGAGACGUAUGAUGAAUUGGUACAUGACCUCCAAUUGGGAAGGCAGGUGGACACACUUCCUCCGUUGGUGGUGAUCAAGUUCGUCGGAACACCACCAAGCCGAUCAGUCCAUGUGGCGGUGUUUGGCAAUGCGCAGCUGCAAGCAGCAAAGGAACAUCAGCAGCGGAGCAGAGGCAGAGGAGACUUGCAGCUUAGGUGUGACGUCUUUGAAGAUGUCAACUUCCUUGGCGAAGAGAAAGUGCCCGCACCUCUGGCUUGCAAACUGGUGCUGCAGUCGGAGGAUCAGAUGGCCUGCUUGCGUCGUUUCCUCGCGAACAAGCGUCACGCAGCAUACGAUCCCGCAGAGACGGGAAGCAGCGUGCUGCACAAGUUCAAAGACAACGUGCGAGUGGUGGACGUGAAAGACAUCCGUCACUCUCACGACGCUGUGAACAUGCAUUUUGCGCAUGGCGCACACAAGGGACAGUCAGUCCAAACACUGGUGGAGGAUCUGAUUUCAGGGAAGCUCGCGCCGAGAGACAUCACGCCACUGGUGUUGCUCGAACUGAAAGAGGGAGAAUAUUGGGCUAUCUUUGGAAAUAGGCGCCUCAAGGCUUUGAAAGAGUUCCGCGAGCGCAAGCGGCGUCCUGGUCCCGUCUUGAUGGAUUGCCUGGUGUGGGACAAGGUGGAGCUCGACCUGUCCGCUCUGGGUCUCGGCGCUGUCAAGAGGAUAUCUGAGGCUGUGAGCUCCCGCGACGAUUUGUGCUGUGACUCCAGUCUCGCCGUGUGCGCCUCAUGUGACAGCUUCCUGGCAGAUCCUGGGAGCUCUGCUUUGGACUCGCUGCUUAUCGGUGUGGCCUUCCCGCCUGUUCCCAGCGGCGUGGGGAUGACAGGUCUGCUUCAGAUUCCAGUGAUGAGGAGUUUGGCCGUUGCGGCCCAGGCCAUUUUCGUGGACCGUAGCAAUCCGGAGAGCAGGCGCAGUUGCAAAGAGGCUAUCCAAGCCAGGGUAUCAGAAUCCUGGCACGGACCGCCGAUGAUGAUCUUCCCUCAG